AUGAAGUUCUUCAUGGUUCUCUGUGCUCUUUUUGCCCUCUCUGAAGGCUUUACCAGGAUUUCUUUGAAGAGAUUGAAGACACUGAGGGAAGUCCUGAGGGAAAAAGGCUUGCUGAAAUAUGUCCUGAAGCACUACAGCUAUGACAUUAGCACCAAAUAUGCACACUCAUUUGCUUCCCAGGGGUUCUCCGAGCCACUCAUGAACUCUUUUGGUGCAGAGUACUUUGGGACAAUCUCCAUUGGAACCCCUCCUCAGGAGUUCACUGUUGUAUUUGAUACCGGUUCAUCCAACCUCUGGGUUCCCUCCAUCACCUGCCAGAGUUUGUCCUGCCAAUUUCACCGGAGGUUUGAUCCGUCAAAAUCUUCCACCUACCAUAGCACCAGGAAAUGCAUAUCCAUUCAAUAUGGCACAGGCAGCAUGGCCGGGGUUGUGGGAUCUGAUACAGUGAUAGUCUCCUCCUUCAUCGACACCAACCAGCAGCUAGCACUGGCAACCAGCGAGCCAGGAAUCUUUUUUAUUUUCUGCAAUUUUGAUGGGAUCCUGGGCCUGGCCUAUCCAAAUCUAGCUACUGAUAGGCUUAUUCCUGUCUUUGAUAAUAUGAUGAACCAGAACUUGGUGCAGCAGCACUUGUUUUCAGUGUACCUGAGUCGGAACCAAAAUGGUAGUUCGGUCACUUUUGGUGGAACUGAUGAAUCUUACUUUACUGGCCCUAUCCACUGGAUCCCUGUCUCUCACCAGGGCUAUUGGCAGAUCUCAAUGGACAGCAUCAUUGUGAAUGGCAAGGUGAUCGCCUGUGAAUCUGGCUGCCAAGCUAUUGUUGAUACCGGCACUUCUCUCUUGGUUGGGCCCUCACCAGACAUCUGCAAGAUACAGAAAGUGACUGGAGCUACUCUGGAACAGGAUGGCCGGUAUACUGUCAACUGCAGUGACAUUCCCAGCCUGCCUGAUAUCAUCUUUGUAAUCAAUGGGAUCCAGUUCCCUCUGCCUCCUUCAGCCUACACUGAGAAGUAUAGUCAAGGAGUCUGCACUAGUAAUAUUCAGACCACGAAUAUGAACCUGUGGGUCUUGGGAGAUGUAUUCAUCAGGGAGUACUACAGCAUCUUUGACAGGGAAAACAACCAGGUUGGUCUGGCCAAGUCUGUUUAG